CCCUGCAUGCCACCAUGAUUUUAUCUCAGGCUGAGAACAUUUAUGCAGGCACACAGCGACCCAAAUAACUGGAGCGUUUGUAUUUUUAUCGGUGUUGCCCUUUAUACUUGGCUUCGCCCGCCUUAGAGUGCAGCCGGGAGGCUAGGUCAGAGCUGACACCUUAGAUUCUCAUUCCAGUGACUGGACUGAACAGCUGAUAUAGCGAGGACUCUGCAGCCUGAACACUACAUGUCCGUGACCAGCUAAGAUCCCGAAUUCAGAGUCCCGUACUCCACACCUCCUGCCUCUGCCUCACCUGCCGCAAUGGCGACUGCAGACCUCAAAGACGAACUCAACUGCUCCAUCUGCCUCCAAUUUUACACGGAGCCCGUAACCCUGCGGUGCGGGCACAGCUUCUGCCAGGGCUGUAUCAGGUCCGUGCUGGAUUCUCAAGAGGGGUCCAAAGCCUACACCUGUCCAGAAUGCAGGGCCGAGUACCCAAAACGCCCUGCCUUGCAACGCAACACGAAGCUUUGCAACAUAGUGGAGCAUUUUCAAACGACCCAACCCAAGCAGAAGAAAGCUGGCGUCUAUUGCACCUACUGCGUCAACUCUUCCGUCCUGGCUGUAAAAACGUGCCUGAUGUGCGAGGCUUCCUUGUGCGACGUCCACCUAAGCGUGCACAGCAAAUCCACAGACCACGUCUUGACGGAACCCACCAGUUCCACCGAAAGCCGAAAAUGCCCGACUCACAAGGAGAUCCUGAAGUAUUACUGUUGCAAGGACGCGAAAUGUAUCUGCGUUUCUUGUUGCGUUUUCGGAGACCACCGGGCGCACCAUGUGGAGCUUCUGAAGGAAGCCUCGGAGAAGAAGAAAGACAGGCUGAGAAAAGUUUUGGAGAAGUUGACAUCAAAGAAAGACGAGACCGAGAAAAGCGUCCAGAACCUGCAAGAGCACAGAACGGAGGUGCAGGAAAGAGCGGCGACGGUCACCGCCCAAGUCACUGCCCUGUUUAUAGACCUCCGGGAGCAACUCAAGACGUUGGAGGAGCGGACACUGACCGACAUCUCCCGACAGAAAGAUAAAGUUUCACUCUCGGUCUCGGAUCUCAUUCAGCAGCUGGAAAUAAAGAAAGACGAUCUUUUAAGGAAGAUGUCCAACAUCGAGGAACUGUGCAAGAUGGCCGAUCCGCUUACUGUACUACAAGGGCGGGAAUUCGGCCGGGCCGAUUACGACGAAGGGGUUGAUAAAACGGUCCAGGUCAUCGAUGACCUGGAUGAAGUGUCCAUCUCCUUGACUUUAAGCUCAGCCUUGUCUGAUAUUGUGACCAAUAUAAAAAGAGGGUUCAGCGUUCAGGAUAUAAUGUUGGACGCAAACACCGCGGCAGUCGACGUCGCCGUUUCGGGGGACCUGAAAAGCGCUACGUGGUCCAAGACGUCCCUGUGGGCCAAAACGCCGCGCAGGUUCAAAAACUAUUGCCAAGUGCUGAGCUUUCAGAAGUUCAGCUCGGGGAAACAUUACUGGGCGCUGGAGACCAGCGAACUUGGGAACUGGAGGGUCGGCGUGGCCUAUCCAACCAUCGAACGGAAAGGGGAUUCCUCCGGAAUCGGACAAAAUAACAAAUCUUGGUGUUUACGCUUGUGCCAGAAAGAUUAUUUGGUGUCUCAUAAUGCAAAAGAAGUCAAGUUAGAUGUGGAUUCUCCUCUACAGAAAGUAGGAGUAUAUCUGGAUUAUGAGAAGGGCCGUCUGUCCUUCUACCAGCUGAGUGAUCCCAUCAGGCACCUCCACACCUUCACCACCACCUUCACCGAACCCCUCCAUGCCGUAUUGUUGGUAUGGAAGGACGGCUGGGUGAGAAUCAGGAAUUAGAACAAAAAAACAUUGUUUAGGUAAUUCUUUGAAAGGGUUUCAUUCACCCAGGAAGACUGUGGACGCCUACUGGCGAAAGACAAGCUCUCCGGGGGACAGUGCUGAAGAUGAGGUGAGUAUUGCAGCUAGAGAUGAUUUUUUUUUUUUUGGGUCCCCAUUUUUUUAAAGUUGCCCAGAGUUGGGCUUUUUAACAGCUUUGGCUCAAAGUUUGUUUAGUGCUUUGAAAAUGCGUGUCGAAUGUGUUGCCCUCCAGUGUUUGAAUUGAACAAUGACCGUGUGUAUGGGGCAAUCGAUUUUAGAUGCUGCCUAGAGAAGACAGCAGCAGGUUCUAGAUUUAACCACUUGCUUACUGGGCACAUAAACCCCCUUCGUGCCCAGGCGAAAUUUCAGCUUCUGGCACUG